UAAUAGCAAUCUUGAAUUAGCUCAGGUGUAACCAGUCACCUUCAAAAUCACACAUCAAGUAAGUGGCCUCCUCCUGUUCUAGUCUAUGUUUCUUGCCUUUAAAAAAUGCAUUUAUAGAACUUAACCCUGAGCCUUUAAAACCAAGUAAAACGUGGCAGUCUUUCAAAGCUGUUUGCUGUCACGAAAGCCAUCUUGAUAAAGCCUGCUAAAGCUGCCUGAACCUUAACGGUUCAGUUCAGCACCAUUUACUUCACGAGUGCGGCGAGCAUAGUCUUGAUAAUAAAUUAUUAUUAUCACUAUUUAACAAUAAAGAUAUCGUUCCUCACAAUUCCAUGUGUAGGUAAUUGAACCCACUUUUGCGAAUUAUAAAAUGAUUUGGUGUACACGCCACAGCGCUUCCAAACUGAGGAAUGUUUUGAUUCAUUCCAGAAAAUGUUGAAGGAGAAUUUGUCUGUCAACUACACUGUGGCACGCAAAACUGCAGCCUUUCAGCAACGAAAAACAAUAUCGUGACAAGCAGUCUUGAGAGGUCAAAUCCAAGCCUGUCUGUGCUUUUGUAAAUGUAAAGCUGUGAACAGUUUCUGCCAAAACUAUAGAGCGUAAGGAAGCUCAUGUGAUGCCUGUAAAUGAGUAGCACUAUUAGUAAGUUUCCAUUUCAAGGACUCAUCUACAACAUAAACAUGUAUUGUUAGACACAACACACGUGGCAGCUAGUUUUAAACCUCAAUAAUCAAAAUAAUGAUCACUUAACCCAGUCAUUGGGUAAGUGGUAAAGGAAUUUAUUUUCUAAGUAUACAAUACGUGUUUAAUGCAGUAUUUGUGUAAUUUGCCUGAAGAGAAGUCGUCGUUGUUGUUGUGGGUCGGUUGUACUUUAUCUCUACUCAUACAGCAAGUGUGUUUGUAUGCCUAGCACAGCAUUGAUUUAGCCUAGCAACACUAUCCCUUUUACCACAGUAACUUCCUUCUCUGCACAGGCAGGCUGGCUGAUUUUAGGGAAAUAAGCCAUGUGAUGCAUCCGCCUCCAUUUUGCAACAACACGAGAAUCGUGACGUUAAAGAUUUGAAACCACAGUAUACGUUAAUGCAAAAGAAAUGUCUAAUAUAAUCCGUGCCCAAAAUAUGCAGAAUUAAUACAUGACAAAAAUAAGUAAAUGCAAAAGUCCCCAAAUCAAUGUAUUUUGUUUCCUGAUCUCUAGGGAAAUUCCUGCUUAUUUUAUUUAUUUAUUUAUUUAUCCAUUUAAAAAGGAGCAUGUAUUUUUCAUCUAAAUUGCAUGGCUAUUGUUCAUAUUGUUUUGACCCACUCCAUUAGUCAUCCCUGCUCUCUUAUGCUACAGGAAUGCGUGCAACUUAGAAAAUAACAAGAACAUUCUGUCUGCACAACCAGGAAACUCGGUGGAUAAUUCUUCACUCAGAUAUCUCACUGUGUAGGAACGCAUUUAAUAUACAACCAAAAAUACUUGCACAUACAUCUGGGAACAAGAACAAUGAGCUUAUCCAUCCCUUCCCAGCACACCAUUUCUCUUCGCUGAAGAGAGCUCUUAAACUGGCCUCAUAGCGCAUGCUUUUCUAUAUCUUCGAGUGCAGUAAUGUUGGCAAAGCUACCCCCAGAGACAUGAAAAGUACCACGAUGUGAGCAGAGCAUGGACAAGCAUUAUAGGAGGCUCUGUAUGAGAGAGCUUCUUCUGAGAUAACUCACUUCAGUCUGUAUGAGUUAUAUAAACUGCGUAGCAGCUACCCUGAACCCCGAACUUGUGGGACCGCAAUCUAGAAUACAGACAAACGCUACCACCGCUCAAAAACACGAGAAGAUGUCACAAUCCAUGGACAAUGAGGACCGAGGAGGCAGGGACAACGACCGCGGUGCCCGUCCCAAAGUGAGACAGAGCCGUUCAGAGGAAAGGAGGGAGAGCGGCAGCCGGAGAAGAGGAAAAAAGAAGUGCCGGCUGCCUCAGGCACCGACAGUGAGCCAAACUUUUGAAUAUAUGGAAGAUUUAAACGCAGAUUCGCCUGGGACCAAAGGGUCAUCCGCUCCGGAGAGGCAAAAAAGGCUCGGGCAGGAAAGCGCCACCACCCUUCAGGAGCUGGAAUCGGACAGUUCUGUGGUGGUGGAGGAAGAGGAUGGAGGUGGUAGCAAGUUGCCCAGCGGGCGAUCCUUGCGGCAGAAGAUUCAGGAUGCCGUGGGGCAAUGCUUUCCCAUCAAGAGCCAGAAUGCUCAGUCACCCACUUUGCUCACCUCUCGGAGGAAGAUCCACCUUAGCGAACUCAUGCUUGAUGAGUGCCCCUUCCCGGCUGGCUCUGACUUAGCCCAGAAGUGGAACCUCAUCAAGGAGCACACAACACCAAUUUCUCAGCCUGCUUUACUGGGAACUCUGGGCAGCAGUGGUGGAAAUGAAACAGUAGCAGUUAGUGGGGAUGACACUAGCUCUGGGAGUGCCAGUGGUUGUUCUUCGGUUAUAGUGGAAGACGAGGAUGACCGAUUGAGGGAGAGGAGGCGAAUCAGUAUUGAGCAAGGAGUGGAUCCGCCACCCAAUGCCCAAAUCCACACAUUUGAGGUGACUGCCCAGAUCAACCCCCUUUACAAGCUGGGACCAAAGCUGGCACACGGGAUGAACGAGCUGGCAGGAGACGAACGGGCCACUUUACAGCAGCUACGGCUGCAGCAGGAAGAGCAAAAUUCCUUGGACACCUUGGAAGAAGUAAUGCAGAUGGCCUCUUCUAACACUGCUGCUCCUCCUCCUUCUUCAUCUUUUUCUACGUUUUCUCCUUCUGCAGUCGUAGUCGCUCCGGCUGCCCUACCAACUUUACCACCAGCUGCCCAUCCGCUCUUCAAGUUCCAGGAGAGCUACCGGGUCCACACCCAGAUUGAUUACAUCCAUUGUCUGGUUCCAGAUCUUCUCCAGAUCACCAACCUCCCCUGCUACUGGGGCGUGAUGGACCGCUACGAGGCUGAAGCCCUUCUAGAAGGCAAACCAGAAGGUUCCUUCCUGCUCCGUGACUCGGCCCAGGAAGAUUACCUUUUCUCGGUCAGCUUCCGUCGUUACGGUCGGUCCCUGCACGCCCGUAUCGAGCAGUGGAACCACAAUUUCAGCUUUGACGUUCAUGACCCCAGCGUUUUCCACGCUACCACUGUCACGGGUCUACUGGAGCACUACAAAGACCCCAAUUCUUGCAUGUUCUUCGAACCUCUUCUCUCCAACCCAACCCACCGCUCCACUCCUUUCAGUCUUCAGCACAUCUGUCGCGCGGUCAUUGCCAGCUGUGCCACCUAUGAUGGCAUCGACUUCCUCCCCAUCCCUAGCUCGCUCAAGGAGUAUCUUAAAGAAUACCAUUAUAAGCAGAAGGUGCGCGUUAGGAGGGUAGAUACAUGGUGGGAGAGGGUAUAAUGUUUACUCCUUCUCUUAGUUCUGGCUUACUACAGACUACAGCUCUGGCCAAAAGUUUGUAUCACUUAGAAUUUUAGGAUUGAAACAGUUGGCUUGUAAAGAUCACCGAGGCAGCAAUAUGGAUUACUAAAUUGCACUGGUCUAAUUUGACACAUUAGACUUGGGACAAUAUUGAAAAUCUCUGAAAUGAUUGUGGGAUUAAAAAAAAAAAAGAAAGCACGAUUUUAUACAAAUCUAAAAUACAGCAGUCCCUCGCUAAACCAAGGACAGCUUACCUGGGAUAAUAAAGGGUCCGGUUUAAAAUAAAAACACAUGCACCUUUAUACUGCUUAUUUUAAAUGCAUUGCCCUUUUCGUAAAAAUACGAUGUUGUGUUAUUUGUACACAUUACAUUAAGAUUGACUGUACAGUGUACACUAUACAAAUAGUAAAAUCAAAUGAAUACCCAAUGCAUUUUUCUUUUUACUGUAGCCCACAGGUAGGGCCCUGCCAAAUUCACAGUCUGUUUUUGUAAAUUUCACGGUCAUAACAUUUUUUUAAAAUCUUAAAUUUCACGGUUUCAGCUGUUGUUUUUAAAUCUGAAAUAAACACAGAGAC